GCCGAUUUAAAGGAGAAGAGAAGGCAGAGGGAGAGGAGGAGAGAGAAAGACGGUGAGAGACGAGGGAGGGAGAUUCGGAUACACAGCGUACGGAGCGAACGCCCGGGGACAACGGCGCAGAAGUGGAGCGGGAGAGAGAGAGAGAGAGAGAGAGAGAGAGAGAGAGAGAGAGAGAGAGAGAGAGAGAGAGAGAGAGAGAGAGAGAGAGAGAGAGAGAGAGAGAGAGAGAGAGAGAGAGAGAGAGAGAGAGAGAGAGAGAGAGAGAGAGAGGGAGAGGGAGAGGGAGAGGGAGAGGGAGAGGGAGAGGGAGAGGGAGAGGGAGAGGGAGAGGGAGAGGGAGAGGGAGAGAGGCAGGCAGCAAGCGAAAGGCAGGCAGUGUGGUGUUUUUUUGUGUUGUUGCACCGUGCGGGUCUGAGGAGCGCGUCUGUCGUUCGUCAUCCCCAGCUUCCAGAGCAAGGUGCUGGUGGCCCGGGCUGGCCUGUUCUACCUUCAGGGGACAUUCUCGGGGAGGCUCAGCGAGGCUGGGGCUUGGGGGAGCAUGGAGAGGGGCUGUGGGCAGCAGAGGAUGAACAGGCUAUGAUGGCUAUCUCGCUCUGAUCACCGACAGCCAAGCAAACCUACAGCCACUCGUGCUGUUGCCAUCGCAGGCCAUUUGCCUUGCAGCGAGAAGGCGCUAGCAGUAGGCGCGAGAAACUCGGGAUGAGCUCCAAACACUCCUCUGACUGGAUUCCCUACAGCACUCUAGAUGAUGAAGGGAGUAACCUCCGACAGCAAAAACUGGACAGACAGCGAGCUCUUCUGGAGCAGAAGCAGAAGAAGAAAAGGCAGGAACCUCUGAUGGUGCAAUCCAACGUGGACGCCCGAUCCCGCGCACGCCGGACCAAGCAGAGCGAAGAGCAGGCCCCCCUGGUGGAGUCCUUCCUCACCAGCAACAACAGCACCGUCUACCACGUACAAGAAGCCGAUCAGGAGGAGAAGGCGAUCGCGGACCCCCAGCUUCCACCACCGCCCCGCUCGGCUAAGAAGGGACGGGGGUCGGCGGGCUCCACACCACAGACCGGCAGCACCAAGAAGGAGAGGAAGGGCAAACACAAAGCAGGAAGUGAUGACGAUGGUCAGGUGCAGAUCCUUACUGUGGGCCACUCGUCCAAUGAGGAGGGAGAAGGGGAGUGUGCCAUGAGCUGCACACACUCCCAAAGCAAGCAGGACCUGCGGGUCACUAUGCUGAAGAAAGGUAUUUCGAGUAGCAUGAAUUUCGACGAGGAAGACGAUGAUGAUGACGAAGUGAGCUCCAGUUCGUCCCAGCUCAACAGCAACACACGGCCGGGCUCUGCCACCAGCAAGAAAUCCUGCAAGGAGGCAGCGUCCGUUUCCACCCCCCCGGCCGGCGAACCCUGCGUGGACGUGGAUGACCUUGAGGAGUUCUCCCUGCGCCCAGCCCCCCAGGGUGUGAGAGUGAAGUGCCGCAUCACCAGGGAUAAGAAGGGGAUGGACAGAGGCAUGUACCCCACCUACUACCUCCACCUAGAGAGGGAGGACGGCAAGAGGGUGUUCCUGUUAGCCGGCAGGAAGAGAAAAAAGAGUAAAACAUCUAAUUACCUAAUUUCCAUCGACCCCACGGAUCUGUCUCGAGGGGGAGAAAGCUUCAUCGGCAAGCUGAGGUCCAACCUCAUGGGGACCAAGUUCACUGUUUACGACAGCGGUCUGAACCCUGGCAAGAGCACAACAAGCUUGGAAGCCACCAACCUGCGGCAGGAGCUGGCUGCCAUCUGCUAUGAAACCAAUGUCCUAGGAUUCAAAGGACCACGCAAGAUGAGUGUCAUCAUUCCUGGAAUGAACAUGGAUCAUGAGAGGGUCUCAAUUCGUCCACGAAACGACCAUGAGUCCUUGCUGGCCCGCUGGCAGAACAAAAGCACGGAGAGCGUGAUCGAGCUGCACAACAAGACUCCUGUGUGGAACGACGACACCCAGUCCUACGUGCUCAACUUCCACGGGAGAGUCACGCAGGCGUCUGUCAAGAAUUUCCAGAUCAUCCACGACAACGACCCUGACUACAUCGUGAUGCAGUUUGGCCGUGUAGCAGAGGAUAUCUUCACCAUGGACUAUAACUACCCGAUGUGUGCCCUGCAAGCCUUUGCCAUUGCUCUCUCCAGCUUCGACAGCAAGUUGGCCUGUGAGUAGCAGCAUCCACAUCCAGCUUCCUACUCCUGAAGGACUUGAAGAUUAUCAAGAGCGAGCCCAUCAUGCUCUCGCUCGUUCUGCAGUUUCUGCCCCCUUGUGGUUGGUCUGAGAUGUGCGCUGAAAAAAAACAACGAAUUAUGGCAUAUAUAUAUAGAGUGCCGUUUGUGGCUCAGCGUCUGAAAGGAUUUUGGUAGGUAAAACGGAACAAGCACAACGAGUAAUCCACUAUCAAUGUUUUUUCUAACCACAUCUUUGUGAUUUUUUUUUCUUGUUUCCUUUCGCUCUAUGUGUAACAUACAAUGUGAAUUAUAGCACUAACCGCUCCCCUUCUCUUCAGUUUCAUGGAAUUAAAGGGAUGUAUCUAAUCGUUAGGUAGGCUGCUGCUGUCGAAAAAAGGAGAAAGGUUCAAACAGUUCCUCAAGCAUGAAUAUUGCUCAUACAGUCCUUGAGUUACAAAUAACUUGUAAAAAAAUAACAUGCACGUCAGAUAUUUAGUAUUUAUGUUCAGUACAAGUUUUAUUUAUGUCCGUCUUCUUUUCACCUCAAUAGAUAGUUUGGUGGAUCUGUAAAAACGAAUACGUCUCCGCACUAAAGUACUUUUGGUACAUGAAUAGAGCAAAAUCAUUUUCAGUAAAAGGAAAAAUGCCUUUGCUGUAAUGGAUCAAAAUCCAUGACAAACACUUUCUAGGUAAGAUUCACUUAUGAAGUCUUACUUACUUGGUCCUAAGAAAUAAGAAUACUAUUAAUUAGAUUAACAAUUAAAAACACAGAUUUGUUUUAGAAAAGACAUACAAUAUAUUUUGUAUAAGUGAUCAGGGUUGUCAUAUUCUGAUAUCAUACAAAGAUUUUAUUGAAGAACUCUUGAUUUAUAAAUGAAUGGGAUGUAUGGAUUAAAUGAUUAGUGGAUGAUUAGCAAAGCAAGUUGAAUGAUGACAGAUAUUAACUAAAAUCCUUGUAUCAAAACAUUUGGCUUCCAAGUUUCCCGGUUGAAAAGUAAGCAAAUGUUGUCUUUCACAAAGAUAAGCAAGUAAAAUUCAUUCCACCAUGUUAAUGUUGUAUACCAUUUGAACUAGGAAGUUAGUCUCCCUUUUGCUUCAAUACAUGUUGGUUCCCUGAAGGAUGAUGAACCCAGCCCCUCUCCCUCACUCCCAUCUCUCUCACUUCCCUCUCCGUCACUUCCCUCUCCAUCACUCCCCUCUCCCUAACUCACCCCUUGCACUGUUCCACAGAACUUGUGUAAAAUACUGUGUCCCCCGAUUGCUGUCUUAGAAUGUACUGUGUUGAAUGAAAGGUGCACUUUACCUUAAAGUCUAUGGCAGAUGAGAUAUAGCUGUGCAAACAUUAUUGUGCCUUCGACGACUAAUGAGCUGAGCUUUAAGUGAGCAAAUGGCCGUGUAGCCAGACUUAAAAAAAAAAAAAAAAGCACUCUUGUUAGGUGUUAAAUCAGUGAAUUAAAUCUUCUAAUGCACAAUACUAA